CACACAAAUGGUAAAAUCUCACAAAACCCUCUCACUCUAAAACCCUAGAAACCCCCCAGUAUCCUCACCUUUCAUUCUCUCCCUCUCACUCUCUGUCUCGAGCGCGCGCACACACACACAGACGACUCACUCAGAUUGUCAGACAUGUCCGAGAUUGAGUUCUCGCGCUCAGAAAAGAAGAAGAAGAAGAAGAAAAGCAGCGGCAUCAACGAAGAGGGUCAAGAAGAAAAUGGAGGAACCAAAUCUCUGGUACCCUUCGAUUCUGCGCCGACCCAGAACGACGAUUACCUGAUCAAACCUCAGAGCUUCACUCCUUCCUUAGACACCUCCCAGUGGCCAAUCCUCCUCAAGAAUUACGACCGCCUUAACGUCCGCACCGGUCACUACACUCCUCUUCCCUCCGGUUACUCUCCUCUCAAGCGCCCCCUUGAUCAGUACAUACAGUACGGUAUCAUCAAUCUCGACAAACCUGCUAACCCAUCUUCUCACGAAGUUGUGGCCUGGAUUAAACGUAUUCUCCGAGUUGAUAAGACCGGCCAUAGCGGAACCCUUGAUCCGAAAGUCACUGGCAACCUCAUCGUUUGCAUCAACAGGGCGACCCGACUCGUAAAAUCUCAACAGGGUGCCGGAAAAGAGUACGUCUGCGUUGCCCGGCUUCAUUCUGCGGUGCCCGAUGUCGGCAAGGUGGCUCGAGCACUUGAGACGCUUACUGGAGCUCUGUUUCAGCGGCCGCCGCUGAUUUCUGCUGUCAAGCGCCAGCUUCGGAUUCGAACGAUYUACGAAAGUAAGCUUCUCGAGUAUGACCCAGAUAAACAUUUGGUUGUUUUUUGGAUUUCUUGCGAGGCAGGUACCUAUGUAAGGACGCUUUGUGUUCAUUUGGGUCUGAUUUUGGGCGUCGGAGGGCAUAUGCAGGAGCUCCGGCGUGUUCGGUCCGGUAUUUCGGGUGAGAAGGAUAACAUGGUUACCAUGCACGAUGUGAUGGAUGCUCAGUGGCUUUAUGAUAAUUACAGAGAUGAGAGUUAUCUGAGGCGGGUUAUCAUGCCCCUUGAAGUACUGUUGACGAGUUACAAGAGGUUAGUUGUGAAGGAUUCGGCGGUUAAUGCUAUCUGUUACGGUGCCAAGCUGAUGAUACCAGGGUUACUGAGGUUUGAAAAUGAUAUUGAAGUUGGUGAGGAGGUUGUGCUGAUGACCACCAAGGGGGAGGCAAUUGCAUUGGGUAUUGCGGAGAUGACAACAGCAGUAAUGGCGACUUGUGAUCACGGUGUGGUGGCAAGGAUUAAGAGGGUAGUGAUGGAUCGAGAUACUUAUCCAAGAAAAUGGGGAUUGGGGCCGAGGGCUUCAAUGAAGAAGAAGCUGAUUGCAGAUGGNAAGUUGGAUAAACAUGGAAAGCCAAAUGAGAAGACACCAGCAGAGUGGCUAAGAAAUGUGGUGCUUCCUACAGGAGGUGAUUCUAUGGUUGCAGGUCUUGCCGCUGCACCAGUUCCUGAGAAGGGUGAAACMGKUAUAGUUGAGGAAGAAAAGAAAAAGAAGAAGAAACAUAAGGAGGGGGAAGAUGGGGAAGGCCGUAAACGUAAGUUAGAUGAAGACAAGAAUAGCCCUGUUCCUGUUCCUGCCAAAAAGGUAAAAGUUGAAGAAGGUGUUGAGAAGGUGAAGGAGGAGAUAGAGGAAGUAGUUGAAACUGAGAAGGACAAGAAGAAAAAGAAGAAGAAAAACAAAGAAAAUGGUGAAAUUGGAGGAUCCUCUGAUACAGAGAAGGCAGAGAAAAAGAAAAAGAAGGAUAAGGUAAAGGACGAAUCCGAAUCCUCUGAAGUUGAAAAGUCUGAGAAGAAGAAAAAGAAGAAGAAAAGCAAAAAGGCUGAGGAUGGUGAUGCCUCUGGAUUGCUUACAAGCACUGGUGGCAGYGAUGAGGAUGCAGAUAGAAGUGAGAAGAAAAAGAAGAAGGAGAAGAAGAAGAAGAAUAAAGAUGCAGAUGAACAAAAUAGUUGAAUUGUAUCAGGAUGCUUUUGCUCAAGAAACACWUAGCUGUAUGUUUAUUUAGAUUUAACUUAUUUUCAAUUGGUUUUGGCAGCUUUUGUAAUCCUUCGUAAGUUCUGUGCAGGACUAUUUUUCGCAUUUUAGUUCUGCACAAUAGACAGGUUCUGAGCUGAAUUGAUAUUUGAAUUGAAAUUAUGAAAUCAUAUCUUGUCUGUAGAAUA